GCACAGCAGCAGCAGCAACAGCAACAGCAGCAACAGCAGCAAUUGACGCCGCGCAAGAGCAACAUUCAUGAGCUGCGCAAUCAGGACUACGUAAGCCGCCUGAUGGCAGCCACGCCCCCAUAUUUAUACUCUGCACCGGUGGGGCCGAACAAUUACUUCUUCAGCGACAUGCUGCGCUCGCUGGUGCAGACGCGCAACAAUGAGACCGCGCGCGUGUUGCAGCUACAACAGCAACAGCAACAACAGCAGCAACAACAGCAACAGCAGCAGCAGCAGCAGGCGGCGCUGGUGCGACGCUCCCGGAAGCGCUCCUGGUCGCACAGGCCCUACUACGAACAGCUGCGCGAGCGACGCGACGCCGAGGAGAAGCAACAUCAGCAGCAGCAGCAGCAGCAACAUCAGCAACAACAUCAGCAACAACAGCAGCAACAGCAGCAGCAGCAACACGCCAGCACCGCAGCAACAGCUGCCGAGAAGCCGCUGGAGCUGACCAAUAAGACAGCGGCCACGCCCACGCCAUACGCCUACGCCAAGCUGGAGCCGAAGCCAGCAACAAAGGUGACACUGGGCGGCGCCGUCGAUAGCCAAUUGCAGGAGAAUGCGCCGCCAGCAGCAUCGCUGCCGCCACAGGAUCUGGUGUUGCCGCCACCGCCGCCCGUCUGGUAUCCGCCGCUGUACGCGCCGUACGGCAUCGAUCCGCUGCACUUCUUCAUCGAUCUGCGCGUCUCGGGCCACAUCUACGAUCGCAAAAAGGAGAACGUCUCGCCGCUGUCCAACAGCAACAGCGCCGCCGGCGCCGGCGCCCUGCUGGCUGCCGAGGACUCGGGCCUGCCCAGCAGCAGCAGCAGCAACAGCAGCAACAACAACAACAACAGCAACAAUUUGCUGAGCAAGCAACGUCACGGAUCCGCCUUCACCGUGCCCAUACCCAAGUCGGCGCAGAACGAUGCCAUCAAUUUGUGCGCCAACGGCGGCAUCGCUGCCGGCCCGGCUUUGGGCAAGUUCGAGCACUAUGCCAAAUACUAUGAUCUCGGCGAGAGCAAGGAGAACCAGCCGGCGGCCAGCACGGCGGCGGCUGCUGCGGCUGCGGCCGCUGCUGCUGCGGCCAAUCUGUCCAAGUCCGGCGCCAGCUAUAUGCUGCAGCAUCUGCCACGCCUCUACAGUCAAUUCGCCGCACAACAGGAGGCGGCAGCCGUAGCAGCAGCAGCAUCAGCGGCUAGCCACGGCAUGGACAUGGACACCAAAUCGGAAUCGGCGUCGGCAUGUGCGGAUCUCUGUGACGAGGACUCGCUGGGGCGCGGCUCCAGCGACAUGACCGGCGCUCUUCAGGAGACGGGCAGCCUGCAGCACGAGCGGGACAUCGAUGUGGAGAUCAUCGAUUCCAUCAAGUAUCGCACCGAUGGCGAGAGCAGCCGCUGCUCCAGCAACGAUGAGGCCUCCGUUACCCAGAUCGACUAGGCGCAUCAUCAUCAAGCAUAAUCAUGUUAACGAACAAUGUUUAAUAUAAAUUGCUUAUAAUUAUUAAAUAUA